AUGCUUCAUUCUUGGUCUUCUGAGAGCCCUCCGGCGUCGUUGGCCCCUUACCACACUCUUCGAAACUUGGGAAACAUGGAGAUCGUAAGUUCACUAGAAUAUCCAUAAUGCUCAUCACGGUCUUUAAUUUUUCAGAAUGACUACAUGUACCAGUACUCGGUGAGCAUGCAGUUCGUCCUGACGGUGAGAACUCGGACUGUCCCAAAUUUUAUAGGAUUUUCUGUUUUCAGUUCUCUGGCAAUCCGUCGGACGACCGUUACUUGUCCGAACGAGCUCUCUCGCGCCAUUUGGAAAACAUCAUUCGCAUCGGACAGGCUCACAUUUCCGAAGUGGGACAGUAUCAAAUCGCGCGUCUACAGGACGCUAUCCGCGACGAGCGCACAAACACUUGGGACCUGGAAAACCAGCAGUAUUUCAUGCGAUGGGACGCGUACCCGAUUGAGGAGUCAGGCUACCCAUUCCCAACCGAUAACUGGGAUUACGAGCAGUACUUUAUGGACGGAAACGAGUUCCUAAUCGACGGCUACGACGAAUCACUUCCAAAUGAGCACAGGGAUAACUCCCAAUACAUCAUGGACCGGCUCCUGAACCCAAACGAGGAGUACGACUACCCAUUCCAAAAUGACCAUUGGAAUGAUGUGGAGUAUACCACGGACGGCAACGAGUUACCAAUCGAGAACUACGCCGAGGACUACGACGAGCAGUAUGACGAGCAGUAUGACAUUGGCUGGGGCUGGAACUAG